AUGGUAGUCAGGCAAGCAGAAAUUUUUAAUCUGAUAACCGAGAUCCCUACAACUAGAGCUAAUUUUGCCAAUUCAAAAGAUAAUUACGGAAACACUGUCUGGCACAGUUCAGCAAAAUUGGCACCUUCCUCUAAACUCUUAUCGGUUUCUGGUGCGGCUUUACAGAUGCAAAGAGAGUUGCAAUGGUUUAAGGACGUGGACAAAUUCAUUGACCCUGGAAAAAAAGGCCUGAUGAAUGCGAAUGGUAAAACAGCUACGGAAAUUUUCAUGGAGGAUCACAAGAAGUUGGCUGAGGAGGGAGAGAAAUGGAUGAAACAUACUGCAAAUUCUUGCAUGAUUGUUGCCACGCUCGUUGCCACUGUAGUGUUUGCUGCUGCUUUUACUGUACCUGGAGGUAAUGUAGGUGAUACAGGCAUUCCAUUUUUUCUGCAGCGAACGGAUUUCUUAGUGUUCGCCAUUUCAGAUGCACUAGCUUUGCUUUCUUCAUCCACUUCUUUAUUGAUGUUCUUAUCUAUCUUAACUGCACGAUAUGCGCCCGAAGAGUUCCUCCUAAAGCUACCAAGUAGGUUGAUUAUAGGUGUCGGUUCCUUCUUCUUUGCUAUCAUCACCAUGAUGGUGGCCUUUGGUGCAACUUUGUACAUGCUACUCAAGGAUAGAUGGGAAUCAUUUUACAUCCCAAUUAUUGCUCUGGGUUGUAUACCGGCAGUGAUAUUUGCGAAGCUGCAAGUUCCAUUGUUCUACGAUAUGGUCCAGUCUACAUAUGGAUCCGGAGUUAUCAAGAAGAAAAGGACACAGUGA